AUGUCCAGGUUUGCGGCGGUCUCGAAGAAAGAACAGGAUCCCCUUGGACGCAUGGAAUCCUGGCUUAUUUACCGCCAGGUGAUACCGUCAUUUUUUCCGGUUGCGCUGCAUGACGGUCCAAUCAGUGCCGGUCCUGGUCCUGUCAACAUGUAUGAACGGUUCACAGCAUACUAUUGGCCUGCAGGUUGGAAACAACUUGCCUGUGCCCAUGCACGGCAACGGCGCGAACAAGCGGAGUACCGUAAGGUGCCCGAGGCUGAAGUAAGGCCUGAAUGGGAUCAUCUACUAAUGGAAUUUAUGCGGACCCAAGAUGGCACUGUAAUGCAAUAUCUGGAGCGCCGCCUGAACCUGCCUAGGAAUGAAGCAGCACGCAGGACCAGCAAGGAUGAGAUGAAAUUCAUAAUCACAGCUCUAGAAGAGGUGUGCGGCGAAUGCACAAGUGCACAGCGAUCCUCUGAGACAACUGAUGUGGAGGACGGAGGCCUGGAGGGUGAAACCAAUGACCAGGAUUCUCACGAACGGCAAUUAGAGGGACUUUCCGACUACCUCUUUCACUGGACAGGUAAUACGGCAACGGUGUUUAAGGCCGGAGCCCCCAGCCAAGUGGCUGACAAAGAGCCGCUAACCGGUACAUGUGACGCUAUUUCCGUCCUUCAUCUAUCCCAUUUCUUCCCUGGAAGCGCACCUUCAAAGGAAGACCUCGAGCUUGUCAAUCUUGGUACCAGGCCGGAAUCUGACAGCGACCCCAUUUGUCCCGCGUGGAAAGGCGAUACCAAUCAGACUCGCAGUGCUGGUUCCGAACAGGCUCUCCAGCGCUGGGUGGACCCUAAUGUCCAGGCUGACCUCUCCGCCUACACUCGGAACGAGGCUGCAUAUCUAUCCGAGUCGGACAUCAUGCGUCUGACAGCUCAGCUCGAAGGAAUGGCAAUCACUUCACCCAUGAAACGACCGUAUCCUGCAGAUUCGGCACCGCAAUGCUUAGAUAUUCCAUUGCUCCUAGCAGAGUACAAGAAGCUCUCUGAUGACUUCAGCCUGAAAGGAGUCAACCAGGCUCGGAUGUAUGGUGUUGCCACUGCGAAAUUUCUUUCUGUCCUCGGAAUAGAGGACUUCCCCGUCUUUACACUUGUGACUGAGGGAUCCCUGGGUGUUGUUACGUGCACGCACUCACACACAUUAACUGGUCCCGUCCCCCGCCGCAAGAGAACUCGGUAUUUCAAGAUGCUGGAGGCCAACGCGAGAUCAUUCGACAUUGCUACCCCCAUCGGCACCUUCCACUUCACGACUUUCCUUUGCCACUUGGCGACAGAAUAUGCAGAUAUAUUGCGGAAAAGACUGGAACAAGUUAAAGGUGACUUUGCCAGCAAAUACAAGAAGAAAGAUGCUACCUUGUGCUGGAAUAUGAAGCAGGAAGAGAGCGAAUGGGCUGCGCGAUUGGGGAUCCAGCUGUGGGAUGCUCCCAUGCGUCACGGGCUGGCUGCCAGACGCUGCUUCCGAGUCUUAUGCUCGCCUAGUCUUCAAAACGUGUCAAGGGGGUACAUCAAAUGGCAUCAUGGACGUGUAAGGGCCAACAAGGAAGCCUUGGGAGGACACUCGAAGGACCUGAAGAGAAGGACGGAGCGGCGGCAGAUGUAG